AUGGAGGGCCGGAAGAACGAAGAGGGGCAUCCUUUGUGUAGUCAUUGCCAACACCGCCAUCACGCAUCCGAGCCUUCGCCAUCGACAAAUGAGGCGGAGGCGGCCGCUGGUCCUUCUGGAUCUGCGGGUCCCGUCGAGCCGGUCGUCGCAGAAGAAGGCUCUUACCCCGAUCCUCCUCCCGUGCCUGAUCCCGUGUCUGCCACCGCGCCUAGUGCGGUUCCCGCUACCGGCCCUUAUGGCACGGCGCCCCCGGAAGCGUCCGUAUCAGCAGCAACAAUCCCCUACCCAACGCUGGACCCGCCGUCAAACAUCGCAGCCCCCAACAUCAUGCGCACGUACCUGUACGGCGUCCGCGAGGUCCUGCCGUCGGGCGUCGACCAGCCCCGGCAGCGCUAUUGCAGUGACUCGCCCGAGGUGAAGGCGAGGUUGGCGCGGGAGCCGGCGGGGAAGUGA